AUUCAAGCCUGCAGUCAAAAGCAGCUCCGUGCACAAACGGCGCAGGUUUGAGCAAUGCGUUUUCAGCAGGCAAACUAACUUCUCGAUCGCUUUUCCCUCUUUCUCGGCCUCGGGAGCUUCGAGCCUGCUUGGAAGGGGUGGCAUGUGUGUGUCGAGGCGCGGGGGGACGCAAGCCCUUUCUGCAACUUGACCUUCCUUUGGAUUACAGCCAGAGAGCUUUUCAUGCCGCGCCUCCUUGCAAUGGGUUUGCCUACAUGCUAAAGAAGGACGAACCUUUGCGUGUGUUGGUGCUUUUUCUGAUUUUUUAACCAGGCGGCUUCCAGUGCUUGGCUAUAUUUAGUGAUUUAUUUAUUCGGUGUUUUUUUUAAAAAAAGAACCCUCUCCAACACGCAUCGGCUCUUUCAAGGCUGCUUGGGUGCAGGUGACACACCCUCCUCCUCCCCCCCCUCUCCCCUCCCCCCCUUCAUUCACUCAGGUCGUUAGCACAAGGGCAAUAGAUCUAUCUCAUAUCCGCGCCAGGUUCUUCUUUUCUGAAGCGGCUGCUGCUGCUGCUGCAGUUCGCCGAUCGAAAGAGGCAAAUGCUGGGGAAUUGCCUGCCCAAGGGAGAGAAGACGAGAAGCUGUUUUCUCUUUGCAGCAAAGUGAAAAGGAUAAAGCUGCAAAACUGAUCAAACGGAGCAGACCAAGCCGAGGGAGGGACUUUCUGCUCCUUCUAAAGGAAAAGGAAGGCAGAAAAAAGAUCAUCGGGAUCUUGCUAGAUCUUUCCGAAGAUGUCAUCUCAAACUAAGUUCAAGAAAGACAAAGAGAUCAUAGCAGAAUAUGAAACUCAAGUAAAAGAAAUUCGUACCCAGUUGGUGGAACAGUUCAAAUGCCUAGAACAGCAGUCUGAAUCCCGAUUGCAGCUCCUGCAGGACCUCCAGGAGUUCUUCCGCAGAAAGGCUGAGAUUGAACUGGAGUACUCCAGGAACUUGGAAAAACUAGCGGAAAGGUUUUCUUCCAAGAUUCGCAGCUCCAGGGAACAUCAUCAGUUCAAGAAAGAUCAGCACCUUCUUUCUCCCGUGAACUGCUGGUAUCUGGUACUGACCCAAACUCGGAGAGAAAGCAGAGACCAUGCUACCCUGAAUGACAUCUUCAUGAACAAUGUCAUUGUCAGACUUUCACAGAUCAGUGAGGAUGUCAUCCGGCUGUUUAAAAAGAGUAAAGAAAUUGGUCUACAGAUGCAUGAAGAACUCCUAAAGGUUACCAAUGAACUCUACACUGUGAUGAAAACAUACCAUAUGUAUCAUGCUGAGAGCAUCAGUGCUGAAAGCAAACUGAAGGAAGCUGAAAAACAAGAAGAGAAACAGUUCAACAAAGCAGGGGACAUCAGUGUGAACCUGCUGCGACAUGAAGAUAGGCCUCAGCGCCGCAGCUCUGUCAAGAAGAUUGAGAAGAUGAAGGAAAAGAGACAAGCAAAAUACUCAGAAAAUAAGCUGAAAUGCACUAAAGCUAGGAACGACUAUCUGCUGAACCUGGCAGCCACAAAUGCAGCAGUCAGUAAAUACUACAUCCAUGAUGUCUCGGACCUGAUUGAUUGCUGUGACCUGGGAUUCCACGCCAGCCUGGCACGAACAUUCAGAACAUAUCUGUCUGCUGAAUAUAAUCUAGAAACAUCACGCCAUGAAGGUCUGGACAUCAUUGAGAAUGCAGUAGACAACCUGGAUGCACGUAGUGACAAGCACACAGUCAUGGAUAUGUGCAACCAAGUCUUCUGUCCUCCACUGAAGUUUGAAUACCAACCUCACAUGGGCGAUGAGGUAUGUCAGGUGAGUGCCCAGCAGCCGGUUCAGACAGAGUUGCUCAUGCGAUAUCACCAGCUGCAGUCUAGACUUGCCACACUCAAAAUAGAAAAUGAAGAGGUGCGAAAAACAUUGGAUGCCACUAUGCAGACAUUGCAAGACAUGCUGACCGUGGAAGAUUUUGAUGUCUCAGAUGCCUUCCAGCAUAGUCGCUCCACUGAGUCAGUCAAGUCAGCUGCUUCAGAGACUUACAUGAGUAAAAUAAAAAUUGCCAAGAGGAGGGCCAACCAACAAGAAACUGAAAUGUUCUAUUUUACUAAAUUUAAAGAAUAUUUGAAUGGCAGCAAUCUUAUUACCAAGCUGCAGGCUAAACAUGACUUGCUGAAGCAAACACUAGGAGAAGGUGAAAGAGCUGAAUGUGGUACGACCAGGCCCCCAUGUCUUCCCCCUAAACCACAGAAAAUGAGGAGACCUAGGCCUCUCUCAGUCUAUAAUCAUAAACUGUUUAACGGCAAUAUGGAAACGUUCAUUAAGGAUUCAGGACAGGCUAUUCCACUUGUAGUUGAAAGUUGCAUUCGCUACAUCAACUUAUACGGUCUACAACAACAGGGCAUUUUUAGAGUUCCUGGAUCUCAGGUUGAAGUCAAUGAUAUCAAGAACUCAUUCGAGAGAGGUGAAGAUCCCCUUGCUGAUGAUCAAAAUGAGCGUGACAUUAAUUCUGUUGCUGGGGUCUUAAAGCUGUAUUUCCGGGGGCUGGAAAAUCCACUCUUUCCUAAGGAAAGGUUUCAAGACUUGAUCUCUACUAUAAAAAUUGAAAACCUUGCAGAAAGAGUGCACCAGAUCCAGCAAAUCGUAAUUACCUUGCCACGGGCCGUCAUCAUUGUCAUGAGAUAUCUCUUUGCUUUCCUCAACCACUUGUCACAAUACAGUGAUGAGAACAUGAUGGAUCCCUACAACCUGGCCAUCUGCUUUGGACCAACUUUAAUGCAUAUUCCAGAUGGGCAGGAUCCAGUGUCCUGUCAAGCUCACGUCAAUGAGGUCAUCAAAACUAUCAUAAUCAAUCAUGAAGCCAUCUUCCCCAGCCUCAGGGAGCUGGAAGGACCUGUUUAUGAAAAAUGCAUGACUGGUGGGGAAGAGUACUGUGACAGCCCACACAGUGAGCCAGGCACAAUUGAUGAAGCAGACCAUGACAACGGCACUGAGCCACACACCAGCGACGAUGAGGUGGAACAGAUUGAAGCAAUUGCAAAGUUUGACUAUACUGGGCGGUCCCCACGCGAGUUGUCCUUCAAGAAAGGUGCCUCACUUCUUUUGUACCAUCGAGCAUCUGAGGACUGGUGGGAAGGUCGCCAUAAUGGUGUAGAUGGCCUCAUACCACAUCAGUACAUAGUGGUGCAAGACAUGGAUGAUGCAUUCUCAGAUAGCCUGAGUCAAAAAGCAGACAGUGAAGCAAGCAGUGGACCCCUGCUGGAUGAUAAAGCCUCAUCAAAGAAUGACAUCCAGUCUCCAACAGACCACAUUCCAGACUAUGGAUUUGGGGGAGUAAUGGGACGUGUGAGAUUGAGAUCUGAUGGAGCAGCAAUCCCUCGCCGUCGAAGUGGAGGAGAUACACACAGCCCUCCAAGAGGGAUUGGUCCUGGAAUAGACACCCCUCCUCGAGCAGCAGCUUGUCCCAGCAGUCCCCACAUAUUACCACUGAACAGAGGCAGGAUUGACAGCCCAGAGAAACGCAGGAUGGCAACUUUUGGUAGUGCUGGCAGUAUCAAUUAUCCAGACAGGAAGGCCUUGAUCGAUGGCCAUCCGUUGAGGCCCACUUGUAGCUCAACACGGCACAGUAGUCUCGGGGAUCAGAAAUCACUAGAAGCUGAAGCACUUGCAGAGGACAUUGAAAAGACGAUGAGCACAGCAUUGAAUGAGCUGCGUGAACUUGAAAGGCAAAAUACUGUGAAACAAGCCCCUGAUGUUGUCCUGGACACCCUUGAACCAAUGAAGAACCCUCAGAUAGGUUCUGUCAAUUCUGAACCUGCCAGCCCCCUUCACACCAUCAUGAUCAGAGAUCCUGAUGCUGCCAUGAGGCGUAGCAGCAGCUCAACCACUGAAAUGAUGACGACUUUUAAGCCUGCCCUCUCAGCCCGGCUUGCUGGAGCUCAGCUUAGGCCCCCACCCAUGAGACCCAUCAGGCCAGUUGUCCAGCAUCGAUCAAGUAGCAGUAGCAGCUCAGGAAUGGGUAGUCCUGCGGUGACACCCACAGAAAAGAUCUUCCCAAACAGCUCCUCCGAUAAAUCUGGCACCAUGUAGCUAGCACCAUCCCAAGGGAAUCUUGGAUGGAAAAAUGGGUAACCAUCCUGAUUUUCAUUUGUUUUGGGGUGAAAGCUAUGAUUGUACAAAUGAUGUCAUCAACUGAAGAAAAAGACAGGGAAAAAUGACUCUUGUAAAAACAGUAACACUGGGGACAGUAGAUGUGGCUUAAGGAUUUCAUGAUAUUUUACAGACAUACUCAUCAAGAUUGCUGGAAAUAUUUGGUAUAGCCAUAUAAGAUGGCUAUUUUAUGUAUUACCACUGGAACUUUGAAAUCUGUGUAGAAGUAUAUAUGGCACUGUACAUAGCCCAGUAACAUUUUGGUAGAUUUACCUCAGAAACUCGCCCCUCCCUAGACUUCAGCUAGAGAGUGGUUUUGUGUGUGUGUGCGUGUGUGUGUGUGUGGAUUACACAGCAACUGCAUUAAGCAAUAGAAGAUUGGUCAGUCCUUGAAUCGGUUUGGCUUAGCUUUAGAAUUGUAGCAAGCAAAAGAAAACACCCUUGGUUUGGCUCAGCUGUUGUCCUGCAAAUCCUGAAGUGCAUCUGAUGAAGAUGUUUAUCCUACUAGAUAGAUGGAUGGGCUUUUGUCUUCAAGGUCAUCUCUUAAAGACUGGUUCAUUGAAACAUGGAAGCUUGUGGUCACUUCCUGAUUGGAAGAGUACACCACCUGUGGACACAAAGAAAUUAAAAGUAGUACAUCUUUCCCUCGCGUGAAGGGGAAACCUAGGAUUUUCUGUACGUACUUCAUAUUGUAGCACAAUGUUAUGUGUGUACAAAAGAAACUCAACUCCUGCUGUCUUGAAGUUUUCAAAACAGAAGAGGACUCCAGUAACCUGUGGUUGAUAACAAUAAAUAAAUAGGAUAACUUAUAUAGUGUUUGAAAUAUUUUAUUCCCCCAUCCUCUUUUUGCUAAUGAUUCCUUUGGGGAAAAUCUGAAUUAAAACAGGCAAGGAAGCAUUUGGUAAAAUCACAUUCCCUUUAAAAUUACUCAGUAGCACAUGAGGGUCUUGACUCAGACUGUGUCCCCUUGCAUGAAUAGCAUGAGCCAUAUUUGACCAUAUCAGACAUGUAACUGAUCUGAUGGGGUGACAAUUUGCACUUUCUGUACUGUACUAUAUAACAAUAUAAAGCAGUUAGGGGUUUAUGAAAACAAAGUUAUAUUUCUUUUUUCUCUUAAAAACUAAUCUCGGCAAAAACAUAUACAAAAGAGAGAGAGCGCCAGGGAUUGCAUGAUAACUAAGACUUUGCUGUUUUCACUGGACUCAAGACUCUUCUUGCAGCUUUUUAAAAAAAAUAUUUUGCCUUGUUUUGUGGACAAAUGUUUUGUAAUGUCCCUUUGGCUGGACUUAACAUUUUUACUUUUAAACACCACUGUGCAUUUAUUUUAACAUGGAAUGCCUUUUGACAAACCUCAUUCAGAUUGCACACUUGAUUAAAUCUGCACUUUCCUUUUCUUUCUUGGUGUGUCUUGACUUAAUUUUGCAGUAGCUAUCAUUUAAAAAGAAGUAAGACUCUUUUUCCCAUGUCUCAUUAGAAGUUGGUUUAAUGACAUCUGUCAUCUUUCAGGACCCCAUAGAAUUAUUUAAAUGACUUACAGGAAAAAGAGCUGUCAGACCAUGGUCAAAGUAAUCCUCUGCAGGGUUUUUUGGGGGGAGUGUUUGGUGGAGGAACCACCAGCUCCAAGACUUGUUAGAGUUGCGCCAGCCAGGGCAAACAGUGGGGAGGCAGUGGCUCUUUGCCUUUCCUGGGCUUCCCCAACCCCCAGCAUUGGUUUUAAUAAGAAGGAAAAUAACUACACCAGCUCCAGUGCUGGUGUAAUUCCCACCCCCCCAAUCUGGGGGGCAUGUCCAGGAAAUAAAAAGUAGCUUUGGAUCUGGUAGAUCAAAAACGUCCUCUUAUUUGCCCUAAUAUACCUCUGGAACACUUCUGUUUUGCCCUCACUGCUCUUGAAACACCGAGGGCUGUUUAACAGUGGCAGCCAGGAGACCUGCAACCACAAACCUCCGUCUCCAGCCACAGAGAGGAAGUAUCCAGUGGCCUGCAGCCGCCCUUCCCAGAAGCUUAGGAAUGCUCCUUUAGUAACUUUACAUUCCUCAGAGGUUCCUGGAGGGCAGUCCUGACUCUUGGGAUGGAUCCUCUCUCUGGCUAUAGGUAGGGUCCACUUCUAAACAUCUCACUCGGGGAGGGGCCAUCCCCGCUCUCCAUACCAGCCCUGCCUUUCUCUAGGAACGGUUGGGUUUAGCAGAGCUUAUGUAGAGCUCAGCCACUUCUAGGGUUUGUUAGCUUUAUUUUAUUUUCCUCACCCUUUUCUUUCUAACUUGCUGUACUCCCCUUCCCUUCACCCACCCUUCCCUCCUACCUUAGUUAAAGCAGGUUGGGGGGGUAUUAGAAGACCGCGUUUGCGACACGGAAGGGAGUUAAACAGUGGAGGAGGGAGAGCCACACUCCUGGAGCUGGAACAAGCCAGGAGCGGCUUGGAAGCACCGGUGGGGUGCGUCUGCUCAGCAGAAGAGGCGCGACCCUGAUUUUCAGCAGGCAGCCGGCUGACGCGGACUGCACAUUUACUGCCAAAACUUCAGCCGCCCUUCCCAGGAGCUUAGGAAUGCUCCUUUAGAAACUUUAGCAUUUUGUCCUCCUUUAUUUGACAUAUGAGAGAGCCAGUGUGGUGUAGUGGUUAAGGUGUUGGACUAUGACCUGGGAGACCAGGGUUCGAAUCCCCACACAGCUAUGAAGCUCAUGGUGACCUUGGGCCAGUUACUGCCUCUCAGCCUCAGAGGAAGGCAAUGGUAAAACCCCUCUGAAUAUCGCUUACCAUGAAAACCCUAAUCACAGGGUCACCAUAAGUCGGAAUUGAUUUGAAGGCAGUCCAUUUCCAUUUUUAUUUGACAAAUACAUUCCUAGUCCCAUCCAUGUGGAUAUAAUGCAUACAAUAGCACACAUUGUUUGGGGUAACAUUUUAUCCUAUGAAAAAAAUGUACACAACCACUGUGUGAUGCUCCUUUUUUAUAUGUGCAAGCAUGUUUCAUCCAUGUACCCUGCCCCUUGCCUGUUUUAGUCUGUUUAUAUAUUGGUGUACCUGCUUAAAUGAUGGAAAAUAACUGCUACAAUGUAACUUUUUUUACAAAAGGCUAAAUUUUAGUUGAGACCCAGUGACACCAAAUUUUUGCACUUAGUAGGUAUUUCAAUGUAACAAAAAUACAUCAGUAAAAAUUAAAACAACCUCCCCAUCCCUAAAACCAUCCCGACUUUUCCAUGUAUAGUGUGGAUGGAAAAUAAUGUAUGUAAUUAUUCUAUCAUUGUUCCCUGAUAUUACAAAGAGAAAGUGUUUAGCUACAUGUCUGCUAAUGUUGUAGGCAUUUGUAAUUGCCACAGUUAGCUAAUAUAGGGGUAUUUAUGUUUUUUUCACUUGUGAAAUUAUUUCAAUAUCUCCCCUCCCAACACUUCUCCCCAUGCCUUUCUAACUUUAGAGUAAUCCAAAGGUCAUCAUGACAGCAGAUGUUAUGUCUGCUGUAGUGGUGAGCCAGUAAAAGUAGUUUUAGGCAUUGGGGCAGGUAAGGGAUGGAGCGAGAAACAUUUGGAAAAUUGUUGCAUCCAGUUACAUUUUUCCUAAUUUAGUUCAUGGAGAACGGUUGCUUUGGCAGAUUUUUUAAGCAUACUUUUGAAAAUUAACUUGAGAAGAAAACAAUGACUUUAUUUGAGGGUUUACUUUUCUUCCUAAAGAUAAAGAUACACUUCCAGUGUCUUUUUUUAUUAAAUUAUUUUUGCGUUUUCAUCUGUUGGUGGGGUUGUGUUUUAAAAAAAUCUUUUAAGUGCCUUUUGAGCACCAGAACAAAUGCUUGGAUUAAAUGUGCUUGGGAAUUAGACAUAUCAAGAUACCUUGUACAGUUAAUGUGGUGUUAUUGCUUUAAAAGUUUUUUCCCUUUUUGUUGUACAAGCAAGAAAUGUAUUUAAAUUUUUAAAGAGCUACCCACAUACUACAAUGUUGUCAUACUGCAGUUGACUACUAGGAAUUGUAGCUCAUCUGCAUUUAUUUGUAGUACAGAAUCAAAACACUGGCAACGUAUGUUGUGAACAUUAGAACCUGGGUAGAGUUUGUAUAUGUUUAUAACCUUCAGUUGUGCAGCCUUUUUGCACAAUCUACUGACAAGUUUUUUGUUUUGCAAAGUGCCAUUUCCUGUGUGGUCUCACACAAGAGAAAUUCAUGGUAGAUUUGUCUGAGUCCUCAGGCACAACUGGACGUGGCUUGACCCAACACAAGAAUUUCAAAGGACAAUUUAAAAAUGCAUAGAAAUAGCAGAUGUAAAGCAAAAUUGUGAGUGGGCUGGACACGUUAAUUCACAUGGGGGUGGGGAGGAGACAGAAUGAAACAAAUUAAUCUUUUGCUCACCAUGCCAACUCUGUCUUGUUCCAUGCUGAUGCUUUUCCAAAAUCAGUAAUGGGAGUAUCUAUGUUGGGUUGAUCUGAGACCAAUAUCGGAGCAUAUAUAAUUAAUGUGAUGCAGAAUGUAGGGGGACAUUGCUACAUUCAAAGUGGUUGAGGAAAAUACCAGACACAGCCCUUUUCUAAAAAGUAAAAAAAAUCUUAUAAUUGGCAAAUUAAAAAUGUUUCAAACAAUGAAAAAGUCCCCUUUACUGGCCUCUGAGGAAAUAAUGGGAGAGUCCAAGUCUCAAUGGCAUGGUAGCUGGGGACACUGUACUCCAAAAGGAAAAAAUGGAUUUUCUCCAAUGCAAAGAAAGUGAAAUAUUACAGAAUUGAUCUCUGAGCCUAUCCAUUAAAUUAGAAUGCUCUUUUUCAACCAAAGCUAUUUCAGCUUGCACCCAGAGAUGGCUGACUGUAAAUGUUGUAGCCUCUUCUCUCCCCCUGUAACUUGGUGACAGUAUUCCUUUUGUUCAACCAAGUAAUGUGUGUAACGGUCCUGACUUGAAAGCAAUUACACCCGCCCUUAUAUUAUUGCUGUACAGAAGCUGUCAUAAGCAAACAAUGUAAAUGUUUCAGCCCUUUUAUUAAGGACCAUGCACUUUCCUCUCUUUGACUAAACAAUACCUAAUAGGGUUUUUUCUUUCUUUUUGUAAAUCCUGGACUAUAUAAUUUCCUAGCAGUACUGCAGUUUAAACAAUAUGGCAAUAGGCCUCCUGAAUCCAAUUUGCUUCUGAGUGGCUGCUUUUUGUUCUUGCCAGAAAACUUUAGGAAACUGCUGGUUGGCUGCCCUGUAUAAUGAUUGUUGUUCCUCUUAUGGAUAUUGUCUCUGUAAUGUAUGAUAAAAUGCCAUUCAGUUAAGAGUGUCUGAUUGGAU